GCACACCCACGUGACCCCUCCAGGGCCAACCGGGAGCCGAAGAUUGUGGGGCGCGAAGCGCGUCCUCGCGGGCAUUUGCGGAGGGCGGGAGAACGAGCGUCAGGAGAAAAGGGACUGGAGCGUGUGCGGCCCUCGCUCCCUGAGAGACCUUCUGCCUGACGCGUCGCCAUGUCCGAGGAAAAGCCCAAGGAAGGAGUAAAAACAGAAAAUGACCAUAUCAAUUUGAAAGUAGCUGGUCAAGAUGGCUCAGUGGUCCAGUUUAAAAUAAAAAGGCACACGCCACUGAAUAAAUUGAUGAAGGCUUAUUGUGAGAGACAGGGCUUGUCAAUGAGACAGAUUAGAUUCAGAUUUGAUGGACAACCAAUUAAUGAAACAGACACACCUGCACAGUUGGAGAUGGAAGAUGAAGAUACUAUUGAUGUUUUUCAACAGCAGACGGGUGGCAUGUUGUAGACAUCCUGUCCUUUGGGGAAGAGGGAUGUAAAAUGUCACAUUAUCAUCUGUCCUUGAAUUUGCUAUUAAAUAGUAAACAAAUGAACAUGCCAAUCAUACAGGAAUCUUCUCACGUUCUGAGGACACUUACCCAAAUUCUUUUCCUGUCCCUGAUAUACUGCGUGUGCAAGUCGAAGCUGUGUCUGUGGAAAAUAAGUGCAUCAUAAAAUGGGCCCAGUCGAAAUUAAAUUUUCAAAUAAGUGAAAUACUGGCUGUUUGCUGUCAUCUUGUUCUUAUAAAUCUGUGGCCUAAAUACCCAUCUACUGUAAAACAAGAAGUCUUUAGUCUGGCUUUUGUUGUUUUUGUUCUACAGCUUGGUUAUGGUAAUGUAAAUAUUGAAGUAUUUUCUUCCUAAAAGUAGUAAAUUUCUUCUGAGAAAAAUGGCUUGAGAAAGAAGAAAAGGUUUUGCCAUUAAAUGCAGUUAUUUUAAAACUGCUGAUGGGAUAUGCAGAAAGGAUAGUACUUGAGACACAAUGCUGAUUAUAGUGGCAGUUUACAGUGAUGCAAAUGUAUGUGUGCUUUUUCAUAAUAAAACAACAUAGAAUCCACCAGUUUUUUUUAAUUCAUGGAAUGUCUACAGUUGUAGCACUUGCGUUUGUUAGUCCACUGGACUGGGCAUCAGUGCAUUUAGUAAACUGUUUAAAGAAUGGACCAUAAUUCUCAUGGAAGGUCUGCUGGGCAAGUUUUGUUCAUUUUAAUGGGAUUUAUACAGGACAGAUUAUUAGUAGCUAGUUUCCAAUGAUUUCUCCUUAUUGAUUUAUUGGGCUGUUAAUAAAAAUGUGUACCUUAUUCCCACUGUCUAUUUUGAAAUCUGACACACACCCACACAUACCCCUUUGGUCAAUUGAAGAACAUAAACUGGGCUUAAAAAGGACAGUGCAUACUCUGUGCACAGGGUCAUACUGCAGCCCUUCAUCCCCUGCCACCAUAUUUCUGAGGGUCUAGAUUCUAGAAAAUCCUCCAGAGCCCAGUGGUAAGAGAUCUAGCUGAUGUGGAAGUUGAAAGGUUGUGAUGUACCUGCAUGCAUAGUCUGUGGUACAGAACUGUUUUCCUGUUUACACAUAGGCUGCUUGCUUCCCAGCCAUGGAUUUGGAGGUUCUAAAAGGACAGAUUCAUGCAGAUUUAUCAUUAAAACAUUCUUGAACACAGAACCUGAAUAACGUAACCUGGUGUUAACAAGACGUCUGCUUGGUUACUUUCAGAGAAGUUUCUAAGUUUUAAAUACAAUUUUGAGGUGACGGCCAGCUUAUGACUAGUUUGGAUAUGCUUCACAUAAAAAUGUACGAUCAGUGUGUUGAUUUUCAGUAGGCUAUUUGAUGCUGCUUCCGAAGAUCACUUUUCUGCCUUUCAAAUCUUCCAUGUUAGAUCAUCUACUUACAGGACAUUCUGCUGGAAGAAACUUAUUUUCUUGUUUGUAUCUGGGCCAGGGAGGGAUAUUCUCUUAAAUCUGUCAUUGUUUAUUCACCAAUUUGUACUAUAUUUGUGGUCCUUUACUACUGUAUACAGUAAAUAUAGUUUGGUACUCUG